AUGUACUUACUUUCACAGUUGCGUCUUCCCAUGCUUGCAGUGGCAGUCCUUUUUCUCGCCACUGGAUUUGCAGAGGAGCAAUGUCGAUGCACUUCUGAGGAUUCCUGUUGGCCUUCGACCAAGUCCUGGGUCUCGCUGAAUUCCACUCUCGACGGCCAUCUAAUUCGGUAUAUUCCUCCGGGAGCUGUUUGCUACCAGUCUCAUCCCAGCUACGACCCCAAGGCAUGCGAUUCGGUAAUUGAACAGUGGCCAGAGUCAAAGUUUCACUCUAGUGAUCCCGCCAGUCUUCACACCGAAUGGGCUAAUGCUGGUUGCACUCCCGUCUACAAAAACGGAACUAGCAUCUACGGCGAUCCUGAUGCGGGCAAACGCAGCUGUUUAAACGACGUGCUUCCUGCUUAUGUUGUGAAUGCUACUACCACGGACCAUGUUGCAGCAGCACUGAAGUUCGCCGCCGAGAAGAAUAUCAGAUUGGUCAUCAAGAAUACUGGACAUGCUGGUGGCGGAAGAAACCUGGGAACUAGUAGUCUGUCAAUCUGGACUCACAACUUGAAGUAUAUUGAACUGGUGAAGGAGUUCAAGCCUACAUGCCCUAAUAAGAAGAACGCCCCAGGCCCUCGCAUGGCCGCCACCGUAGGUGCUGGUGUUCAGGAUGGAGAGAUGUAUGAUACCUUGGCAGCCAAGAACGCUUUGGCAGUUGGUGGCACCAGCAACGAUGUCGGAGUCGUUGGUUGGGCCACUGGAGGCGGUCACGGAUUCGCGACAGGCCAUUACGGUCAGGGCGCCGACAGCAUUCUUGAGGCAGAGAUUGUCACCCCAUCCGGCAAAGUGGUGAUUGCCAACGAGUGUCAAAACCAGGAUCUCUAUUGGGCCAUUUGUGGUGGUGGUGGUGGUACUUUUGGUGUCAUCACUCAGCUCACUGUCAAGGCUUAUCCUGCACCAGAAAUGAUCAUGGGAGCAUUUGACAUCAGUGCCAAAAACCACACCUCGGAAGAAGAGUGGUAUCAGUUAAUUGCUGAUGUUCAUGCACUCUUCCCGGCCAUGCAAGAUGCAGGAAUUCAUGGCUAUUACACCGUCGAAGGCCCCCCAUCGGCCGAGGCUCUCUCUUUCGGCGGCUCACUUAUGAUGUUUGAGGGAUCUAACAAGACCUACGACAAUGCUUUACAGCCACUCCGCAAGCUGCUGGGAUCAUCCAACGACACUGUCGACUGGUCUCUGAGCCGAUUACCUCUUAACAACUGGCAAGAACUGCUAAAGAUGGUGCCUGAUAUUGGCUCUGUCAACGCUGGUCAUGAUAUCAGAGCUUCUCGGUUGAUUUCACGACGCACCGUCACCGAAAAGACUGACGAGUUUGCCGCUGUUUACAAGGAGAUCGGACCUACCAAGGAAGCACCAUCGAAUGGCUUGCCUAAUCUCUCAAUCUCCGGUACUCUUACCAUCAGCCCCAAGUCCGUCAACAACUCCCUUCAUCCUUCUUGGCGUAAUGCGACCGUCCACCUUAUCACGGGUCAAGCCUGGACUGAUUCGACAAACCAAACUGAGAUCAGAAGCAUUAUUCACGAUGUAACAUACCGAAAACUUGCACUGAUGAGAGAUCUUGAUCCUGCUCAAGGUGCUUAUCUCAACGAGGCAAGCACAAUCGAGCCUGGCUGGCAGUGGUCGUUCUGGGGACCUAACUACGCCCGUCUUCGCGACAUCAAGGAGAAGUAUGAUCCUCAUGGUCUUCUCUGGUGUCCCCAGUGCGUUGGGAGCGAGGAUUGGGUGCAGCGACAAGAUGGCAAGCUUUGCCGAACUUUUACCCCCUGGUAG